AUGCCCACGUCGCAACGCACUCGGGCCCCAUUGCAUUCUAGCCUUCAGUCAAAAUCGCACAAAGUCACUUCAAAAGUUCCACAACAGACGCCCUCGGCUCCGGCAAACCAUACUUCCUUGCCGCCACACACGAGCCGGUCAGCCGUGUCUUCCAAGUCCCCAUCCAAGACUAGUCAAAUCGCCUCAUCUAACACGGUCUCUUCGACAAGCGCCACCACCAGUGCAGCAUCAAAAACCGUCGAGAAUGGCAAGGUCGAAUCUGACCUCGCUGUAGGCAUGAUUGUUGCUGCAGGCGUUGGCGGAGGCUAUCUGCUCAUUGCAGGCCAGUAUUUUAGCCUAGCUGCCGGAAGCGUUGCUCAAGUUACCGGAGCGAGUGGUAUCGCAUCUGGAGUCAGUUCUAUUUCCGGUCCAGAGCCGCAGCAAGUUGAAAAUCCGGAGGAAGAUCCUGGCAAUCGUCAGCCUACUCCAACAGGGCAGAGAUCUCAAGACCCGGAGAACACCACCCAACCACCCAUGUCAUCUUUCACGCCCACUUCUUCUUCGCCCAUCUCAUUUACAUCCUCUUCGCAAUCGCCCGUUAGUUCCAGCGCGGCUCCACGAUACAUUAUCGUCCCAGAGUCUAGCAGCUCAGGUUCUAAUAAUGACUUCGAGUCCGUCCGAUCUAGCCUUUCCGAGUCGGUUGGAAAUGAACUUGUCUCUGUUUCGGACGAUGAAGACAAGAGCAUUCUGUUUUUGACCGCUCCAUUGUCGCCUGCAGCUGCUAAAGACUUGACAGGAAAAGCAGGGGUCGGAUCAGUUAGCGAAGACUUCAUCUUGGGAGAGAUGAAAGAUCUCCAGUCGGAACCGCCAUUCAACAAAGAAGACGCUGCUGGUCCGUCUGGUCCGCCCCCAGCUCUGGCGAAGGACCCGCUCUCUGUAGCCAAGCAGCCCAAGAAAAUAGUGAGGCAAACCGGAUAUGGAAAUCCCACAGACCACAUGGAUCCAGAGUACCAAGAGGCACUCGAGUUGUCCGUCCUCUCACAGGAACCGGGCAAGUCCUUGACAGAUACGUUUGUGUACGACGAAGUGGCCGGCCAAGGCAUUACGGUGUAUAUCCUGGGAUCGGGAAUGAACUUGAAGAGUCCAGACAUCGAAAAUGCCGUCGGUGGCAAGGAUUUCCUUUAUGCACCUGGUGCUGACAAAAAGCCGACAGACGACUAUCCCGAUAUCGGCUAUCCUGAGGGAACCUGCGCGGCAUCCAAGAUCUUUGGGCCUCAGUUUGGAGUUGCAAAGAAAGCAAAUGUCGUCAUGGUUAAACUUUCUGGACGGAGCGGCAUGAUAGGAGCUAUCACCAUGACGGAGAUGCUCACUGCGUUAGCCCUCAUCAAGAACGAUAUACACAAACGCGGCAUUAAGGGGAAGGCUGUCGUAAAUCUCUCUUAUACCACUCCAAUUGCCGAUAAAGAAUCUAUCGAAUCGUACAAGGAGAUUUUGGUAAAGAUGAUGCAAGAUGACAUCGUCCUUGUUGCGCCAACCGGAAUCUCCAACAACAACCGAGGCUCCGAAGCAAACGACCAAUACCCUGCCGCCUUCGCCAAGGAUACGGAUCUCAUUGCCGUAAACGCCGUCAGCUCCAAGGGCUUACGUCUGAAUUGGUCGCCUGGCUCAGAAAAGGAUGGUGUCACGGUUGCGGCCCCGGCUACUGGUUUCUGUGCUUACAAGGCCUUCAACCCCAAAGACAGGGCCACCCCUAAGGAGAUGCAAGACUUGGAAAGACGUUACUACUCCGAGGGUGUCGCAGCAGCAACUGUCGCCGGCGUUGUUGCUACUCUGUUGGCUCAGGAUGAGUACAAGGAGCAGCUACAGCAGCCCGGUAAAGUUGCGUCCAAUGUCAAGGAACUACUUCAAGGACUGGCUUGGGUGCGGGCUGAGGGCGGUCCGCCAAUCGUCUGGAACGGCGUCAAGCCGGUAUUUGGUGUUUGCCGAAGGCAAGAGGGCGACUCCUGCUCCAGUGCAGCCCCGAGUGGGACACCAACUGCUGCUCCGACGUCACUGGUAUCGAAAACCGCAGCCGUUCAAACGACAACUUCAACUCCCAAACCGUCAUUGCCACCCAAGCCUACCUGGAACAAUAUCCCAUCCACGUGGAAGAAGCAGUAUGAGGGCGAUGUCAGUUACAGUUUCGACUACACAAGUUCCUCCAGUUCCUCCAGUGAGGGAUAUACCGGUGAUCCUCUGCCAUGGUGUUUGGACAAGUGUAAAGACGGGUGCAAAUCUGUUUUCCUUACUCGCGUGGCCCAAGAAGGAAGCAAGGGAUACAACAUCUACUACAUCUGUAAUCAAUAUGACCGUUCAUGGUCUAACGACUUCUUGCAAAAGCUAUCUUCGAGCGACUACGAUGCCGGAAUUGCCCUUGAUAAGGUGCAGGAGCAACAAAUGUUAUGGUAUUAA